AGAGUUGCACAACAGUUCAGCAACGGAAAAGUAGAAAUUAAUAUUCUUUAAUUAAACUGCUUAAAUAAUGCUGCGUGCCGGCUGCCAACUGCUGACGCAGUCCUCCCUGCCCGCCGGAAAGACGGGCGGCAACAGUUUCGCCCUGGAGUUCGUCCGUUGGCGCCGGAAGCCGCGUUGGCUGCCGGUGGCCAAAAGCAAGAUGUUCCGCGUGCCCGAGCGCAAGAAGCAGACGGAGGAGGAGCGCACGGAGCUGAUGAGGCUCCACAACCAGUACAAAACCCAGCUCCGCUCAGUGCGUCAGUUUCUCAGGGAAGAAGUCGUCCGCCAUGAGGAAACCUCGACCGCAGACCACAUCGUGCUCACGCCCGAACAGGAGGAGGCUGAGUUCCAGAAGUGCCUGGACGUCAAUGCGGCCUGGAAUGCGACCAUUGCCAAGGAGCGGGAUCAACGUUUGGCCAAGGAGCGCGAGGAGAAAGUGGCCUAUGUGCAGGAGCGACUGGAUGCUCGACAGGUGCGCGAAGAGGAGCGCAAGGAGCAGGCCAACCAGCGGGUUCUGCUCGAGAUCGAGCGCUCCAAGACGUACAUUACCAAGGAAACCUUGGACGCAGCCAUCGAGACCGCCUUGGCCAAUCCCGUGGACCACAACUUCGCCAUUGAUCUGGCCGGAAAUCUUUACCAAGGGCGCAGCACCUCACAGCUCCCAAAUGCCAGUCCCGAGCCCAACCAGCAGGUCUUGAGUAAUUAAUUGAUUGUCUUAGUUUGUUGUUAUAUUAAAAAUGCUUUUUAGCUUAAAAUGGUUUCUAACGAA